CUCCCCCUACCCCUCCCUUCCGCUUCUCGGCACAUUAUAUAAGCCUGAGUUACGGCGACUGUUGGCACUGCACACGCGGCCUCCGUAAGGAACAUUCGCUGGGUAUUUCUGAGUGAUAGGUCUUGCAUCAUAAAGAUGAGGGUGCUUCCUCUGGCGCUGCUGGUUGGGCUUCUGGCCGUCUCCGACGCCAAGGUCUUCAAGAAGUGCGAAUUCGCGAGGCUGUUGGAAACGAGGUAUCACCUCUCCAGGAAUGACAUCAAGAACUGGGUGUGCAUCGCGGAGUUCGAGUCGUCCUUCAACACGGCCGCCAUCAACCGCAACCGCAACCGCAGCACAGACUACGGUAUCUUCCAGAUCAACAACAAAUACUGGUGUGGCAGCGAUUAUGGCAAGAACGUCUGUGGAAUCCCAUGUUCCGAUCUGAUGCGUGAUGAUAUCACGGCUUCCCUGAGGUGCGCCGAGACUGUCCGCCGCGAAACCGAACGCUACAGUGGCCGUGGGAAUGGCUACACUGCCUGGGUGGCUUACAAUAGCAAGUGCAAGAAUCGCAACCUCGAUCAGUACAUGGCUGAUUGUUGGUCUCGUGGUUCCAACUCUAUAUUCCCAUUCUAAAGGACCCACUGCAAGAUCUAUGCUCUAGAUUUACAGCCUGGCACGGCAAAUACUGGAUAAAUGUCAUCUCAGUUUUCAGAAUGAUUCAUAUUGGAAUAUACAGCGCUUCUGUUCAGGAAUUUCAUGAUUUCUAGCAAAAUUUCGGAUUACAGUAUUCUGGAACAUCCAACUGUACUUUAUGUUUGUAAUGAAUAAAAUUUAAGGAGCAA